AAAAAAAUUCAUUCAUGCUGCAAUGUAAGAUAGUAUUUUGCCUCCUGAUUACCAAUGUUAUUUUGCCUCCUGAUUACAAAAUUGCUUUGUUGGCAUCUCAUUUUCAGAAUGAAUCUCCAAAACAAAGUUCCACAAGUCAAGAUUUGCUUUCAGACCCUGCUCUUGAUUCACAAUUGGAUUCUCUGAGGGAAAGGCUUGCUGAGGUGUCACGACAGUCUAUUGAGCUUAAUAGGGAGCUUCAAGACUUGGAACGAAAAUCUACUGCAACUAAUCGGUGUAACGAACUUCUUGCUGAGGUGUUUCAGUCGUAUGAUAAAAACUCUGCUGAUAGUCUG